AAUCAACAAGAAACUAUUUUUAUUUUCAUUUUUUCGAUAAAGUCUUAACAAAAUUUUGCUAUAAAUUUCAAUGUUCUUCAUUCUUGGUCACCAUCUUUUAACUUAAUUCGAACGAGGAAACAAAAAUACUUACUUCUUUUCUUUGCAAUGAAAUUCUUGGUCGUUUGUGGUCUCUUGGCUGUUCUGGCAGUCGCAGCAGUAAGCUCAAACUCUGUGAAAUCUGGUGAUGGUCGUCCUGGAUGCAAAACUGAGCAGGAAAUCACAGAUAAAAUUUAUAGGAACUUCUGGGAUUCAACUUGUUACUGGGUUUGCUCGGAACUUGGAAAGGCUGCAACAUCAGUAAGAUGCCCCGAUGAAGAGGGAUUCGUUUAUAGCCUGAGAAAAUGUGUUCCAUGGGACGAAUGGAUAUGGGAACCACUUAUAGCUCCAUUGAGUACACCAGAUCAAUAUGAACAAAAUGUAAAUCAGAAUGCUGCAUCGAGUACACCAUCAGAAAAUUAAAAUAAAAUACAAGGACAUUAUGUACAUUCCUUAAUAAAAUUGCAUUGAACAUUAA